AUGGCUAGAUACCAUAAUAAGCAGGUUCUAUGCUUGUUGCUGACCCUGGCAGCUAGCGUGUAUGGCACUAAGGCAGUGGAUUAUGCAGUGUCCAACAAUGCUGAAUCCAGCGUUGGCAGCCGCCGCUUCGAAAAAGACGUAGGCUCGGAUUACGCCAAGCAAACUCUGAGCGAUGCUGCUGACUUCAUACACAAGCUCUUCCAUCCGCAAAACACUGAUUAUGAUGUGAAGAAUGUCCAGAAAGUGACCAUGGUAGUCGAAAACAUCGAUGGCGUGGCAUAUGCCGACAACAACGCGAUCCAUGUGAGUGCAGGCUACAUAGAGAGGUUCCAGGGAGACAUAAAGAAGGAUCUGACAGGAGUGCUAUAUCACGAGAUGACUCAUCUCUUGCAGUGGAAUGCUAACGGCCAGGCUCCCUCCGGUCUCAUUGAAGGCAUUGCGGAUUUCGUGAGGCUCAAGGCUGGCUAUGCUGCACCGGGCUGGGCUCCCCCGGGCCGUGGAGAUAACUGGUUCCAAGGCUACGACGUCACUGCUCGCUUCUUAGACUACUGCAAUACCAUAAAGAAUGGUUUUGUUGCCGACUUAAACGACAGGAUGAAGACCAGCUAUAGCGAUGAUUAUUUCACUCAGAUUCUUGGCAAGCCCGUUACGCAGCUCUGGAUUGACUACAAGGCCAAGUUUACUACCAACAACUAGCAG